AACAUUAUAACUUAACCAAUGAAAGAAAAGAGUAUUGUGUAUUUAUGCGCAAUAAAUACAAGUUUUUUUCCAAUAAAUUAUCAUUCGUCUUAGAUACUUGGGUGAGAAAGGUCGUGUUUGAAAAAAUGCAUUUUAAAAUUUUAUUUUUUAUUUUAAUUUUAAACGUUAUGUGGUCAUCACAACUUUUGGACUCUGAUCGUUACGAAUUGGUGCCAGUUAUAAAUCCUAAUGCUGGAAACGCGCCGUUUUUCGAGCUCCCAUGCAUGAUAGUUGGUGGUACUUGUGCAAAACCAAUGUAUUGUCCAGACGGCACUAGAGUGGCAACAAGGGGACUGUGUCCAGUUCAACAAGAGCAGGGCAUGGAGUGUUGCCGACCAAAUUGA